AUGACUGAGAUUAUGGUGAUCUCAAGCAAGGCGAAAAAGAAAAAUCCAAUCAAGACUCAGUUCAAGCGAAUUGUGCCGCCCAAAGUUAAGCUGAUACCGAUGUCACCAGUAGAAUCACCAGCAGCAUCUCAUUCCGAAAACUGCGCUACUGAACGUUCGGAACAGGUGCAAUGUCCGUCCAGGAAGGGUGUAAGGAAGAAAUCAAAUUCGUCGUUGAAGCAGAACAGAUCUGGCAAGAAGCACUUGUGCACGUCAUCAAAUCAGGCGAAGAGCUCAUCAUCAAAAGGGACAAGAAGUGAGCGAGCUAAAUCUACCGCGAAAGGUGCGCCUUCUUCGAAAUCUUCUGCCAGUAUUUCAGGAAAGAGUUCUAGUGGGGAUAGGCCAACUGAAACUUGUGGAAAAAUUUAUGAAAAAUCGCUUGCUUGUGAUCGAAAGAUCACUGGCCGAGAACCGGCUGUAUCCGGCAAUCGUCGAUCACCGACACAGGUGUGCCAAACAGAUGAACGAGGUGGCCUGCUGAAAAAACGCUUAUUGUUCCGUUGCCGAACAACUGGUGAUAAGAAUGAUGAUAACGAUGAUGCAAAUGAGGACGGGCGAAAAGCAGGCGGAGAAAAUGAUGAUGAAGCAGCAGCCGCAACAACAGUGCCCCUAGUCGGAAGAGAUGAAGCAGCAGCAACGGCCGUGAAUUGUCCAGAUUUUUCGUCGCAGAACCAUCAUCAUCCAAGCCUCGGGAAGACAGCUCGGGAAGAAGCUACUGUUCCAGAUACUAUCGAUGCUUGUGGCAGAGAGCAAUCUGAAAAAUCUAUCUUGACGGAUCCGGUCGCCCCGAUGGGCUCGCAGAAUUCCACAGCCAACAGCAAGCAUACCACUGAUAAGUUGCCGGUCGAAAAUGAACAGCUUGCCAACACCGAAAGUGCUGCAAAAGAUACUGCGGACCAGAUGGCGACCCAUGGCGAUGCGAAGGUAGCCCUCGACUUGGUGAGUGGACUUGCAGCUGGUCAGCAAAAGGCGGGGAAAUCAGCUGGAGGACAAGUGAAAGGUCAGAAAAGCUCGAGUUCUUCGGAAGAAGAGGAGGACGAGGAGGAAGCUUCCACAGAAAGUCGACAUCUUCCAGUGCAGUUGGUACGCCGAUCCUCCGAGGAAGGCUUCCAUCAGGUUGUCAAAUUUACGAAGCAUGCAGCGCAACGACUAAAAGCAACCGCCGCAAAGCCAAAGCAAAUUAUUUCGCCGAAGAAUGAAAAGAAAUCCGAACAAGCGACAAAGGAGCAGAAUUUGCCAGUGACUGAAGAGGAGGCAAAAAAUCAGGGCCGCAAAAAGUGCGAUGGCUUAGAUGAGAAAUCGAACUGCAUUAAAAUCAUGCCUGAGCUCCACUCUUUGACUGAAAAUUCUUUCGACAAAACUCCUACUCCUGUUGAUACUGCUCCAUUUGAUACUCGUGGUAUUACGGGUAAUCAAACAUUUUUGGAUCGUUUUCCCGUUGGCCAAAAUGAAGCCGACACAAGUUUGAAAGAGCCAUGUAACAAGCAAAAGCGGCAGCAGCCAAAUCCUGAAGAAGUCACCUGUUCAGACUCCAAAACGUUAGUUUGA